AUGGAGUUAAAGCAAUCUUUGUCCACCCAUCUGGAAACCGAGAAGCCUUUGAGGCGCUAUGGGGCGGUGGAGCAGACGGCGUGGACCGCGGAGGGACUGGGGAGAAAUCAGCUGGACAUCAUCUCCAUGGCAGAGACAACCAUGAUGCCGGAGGAGAUCGAGCUGGAGAUGGCGAAAAUUCAGCGUCUCCGGGAAGUCUUGGUCCGACGGGAGUCUGAGCUCAGGUUUAUGAUGGAUGACAUCCAGCUUUGCAACGAUAUUAUGGACCUGAAACAAGAGCUACAGAACUUGGUCGCCAUCCCAGAAAAAGAAAAGACCAAGCUGCAGAAGCAGAGAGAGGAUGAGCUAAUCCAGAAGAUCCACAAGCUGGUGCAGAAGAGAGACUUUCUGGUGGAUGAUGCGGAGGUCGAGCGGCUAAGGGAGCAAGAAGAAGACAAGGAAAUGGCGGAUUUCCUGAGAAUCAAGUUAAAACCUCUAGAUAAAGUAACCAAAUCUCCAGCCAGCUCCCGAGCAGAGAAGAAAGCAGAACCCCCACCUAGCAAGCCCACAGUGGCCAAGACUGGGCUGGCACUCAUCAAGGAUUGCUGUGGGGCCACCCAGUGCAAUAUCAUGUAG